AUGAAUCCAACAGCGACGGCUUUGGCCAACCUGGACAUCCUCCAUCACAUCUUCUCGCUCAGCAUACUCAAUCAGCAAGACCUCCAUGCAUGCUGUCUCGUCAACUCCGAAUGGGCCGCCACAGGUCUGAUCCUCCUCUGGCACUACCCAAAGUGCUACACCCUCCACAGCUUCACCCAGCUCCUACAUACCCUUCGCCACGAAAUCGAUCUACCUGGGCCUGUCGUAUCCCUCAGCCGAACCCCACUUAUACUCGCCGAUAUCAAGCACAAUCAAGCCAAUAACAGGUCAAUAGCAGCGACGACGACAACAACAACGCCAGCAAAUGACCACCUGAGCGCAGCGACGCCCUCGGCCUUCCCAAGAGUCAUGUCUAUCCGCCGCUCGUCGACUAUGCGCGAAAGGACCACUUCCCGGUCGGGGAGCUCACAUUCUCUUUCACACACGCCUUCCUUCUCUUCAUCUUUUCUCGUCCCCACGCCUUAUCGCCCGGUGCAGCGGCGAGAAUAUGGUAUCCCCUUCCACGGUCAACGGAUAUACCAUCGUGGACAGCUGAUCCGAGCUAUUGACUUCAACCCCAUAAGAGACGACUUGACGCUUCACCACUUUGAGAUCUUGGCCCGCUCGACAAGGAUUGGCUUCAGGACCCUCGACCUCAGGAAUGUCCGUUUCCCCUUCUCGGAGAAUCUCUUGGCGAUUUUGGUCGCCUGUACAUCCCUCAGAGAGCUCUCGCUCCGCGAAAUUCACAUCCCGUUUGAGGCGAUCGAGUACCUUGAACCCUGCUUCGCAGCCUUGACCGUGCUGCGAUUCAACAACUGUCCAGAUGAGAUGCAGGAUCUUGAGCUGACGCCAAUCCUCAAAUCGUGCUCACAAGUUAAGCUACUCGAAAUUCAAGGAGAAUCCUUCACGGACGAGUCGCUCAACUGGAUCGGGAUAACAUGUCUACAGCUGGAAUCCCUCAUGAUCGACGCUCCCUUAAUGACCGACGCUACGGUCCGCCAUAUUGCCACCAACUGUAAAAAACUCAGGACUUGGCGUCUGUUCAACUGUUUGCAGCUUCAGGGCGAAACCGCAGAAACACUCGAGGAGAUCUAUACCGUCGACCCAAAGUCAAUGCCACUACACCAAUUGCCCCGCGGAGGAACGAGACAUCUUCCAAACGCACUCCAGACCAACAAGCUAGUCGGUGCCGUAUUCAAUACAUCAGCAGCAGCAUCAUAUACAGCGGCCUCAUCCGUAUCCGCGACAUCCUCAACUGUCUCUUCGCCCUCAACGUCGUCCAUGUCAGGACACUCAGACGCGGAUCAACAUCCUUCGUCAUUACAGUUCCCGUUUGACCAUCAUAUGGACCAGGAUCGCCUUCACCCUUCAUUUUCAUUUGAUCGGUAUUCAGCUUACGCGAACUUGGGGCCUCCUGUCGGGAUAUUAACGUCGCUCGAGCUUCACAACUGCAACAGUAUCCGACCAGAGACGAUCGACAGUCUCCUCAAGUCUCAGACCGCGCUCGAGGAAUUGGUUUUGGGCGGAAUUUCGAUAACGGACGAGGCUCUCGUGUCGUUUACCCAGAACCCGCAGGAUCAUAUCAAGAGCCUCAGCCUGCUCAACUGUGGCGAAAUCUCAGAUGAGACCAUGAUGGCAGUCAUGUUCAACUGCGAACACCUCCUCAAGCUCAGGAUCUUUGGCUCUCAUUUCACUCUCAGGACGUUCAACUCUAUCUGGAUGCACCUGCUCGAACUGGAGGAACUUCAUCUGGAGCAUGUGCCCCUGGUCAUAAACGAGUCGCUUCAGCAGAUCUUGACCAAGUGUACCUAUCUGCGGUCAUUGAAGCUGUGGCAUUGCCGGAAUUUGACGCACGAUUUGUUUACGGACAUUCCGACGCCUUGCAACAGUCUGGAGGUGCUCGAGUACAUGGACAAACACCCGCGGCCUUAUAUUGGCGAUGGCUGGGCGGCUCAGGUCCGGUUCUUGCAGAGUAUCGUCAUUCGAUUCGAGGGUCUUCGUAUCCUCAAGCUGACCAAACUGGGUGACACCGUUGUGCCCGUACCAUUGAACCUAGUCUCAUACCUCUGCCAACUAGACCGCCUGGAAUCCUUCACCAUCAUGCAGAACCCGCGGAUGGACUACGCAGACUUGAGCGACCUGGCCACCAACCACAGGACCCUCCUCGAGAUCGGCGUGGGACCCUCCAAGGGCCUGACAGAACAGCAAAUCAAUUCCUUUAAUGACUCGCGGCACCAACCCUGUAUUCGCCUCUAUAAGCGGCCUGUUGAGUCAAGCGAAGAGCUUGAACAUUACAUGGCUUGA